AUGGGGUACAUGCUGAUUGGGGAAGACCUUUAUAAGAAAGGGAAAGAUGACUUGUUGCUCAAGUGUGUCAGCUUGAAUGAGGCAACGUUGGUCAUGGCCGAAGUUCACGAGGGCAUUUACGGAGCGCACCAGGCUGGGCCAAACAUGAGAUGGUUGAUCCGACGUCAUGGGUAUUAUUGGCCAACCAUGACUACUGACUGCAUCAAAUACGCUAAGGGGUAUUGGGCGUGUCAGACUCAUGGGCCAGUGCAGCGGUUGCUAGCGAUAGAAUUCAACCCUAUGGUUAAGCCGUGGCCAUUUAGGGGUUGGGCAAUGGACCUCAUAGGGAAGAUUACCCCGCCUGCAACGCGGGGGCAUUGCUUCAUUAUUGUGGCCACGGACUAUUUCACCAAGUGGGUUGAGGCCGUGCCAAUGAAGGGCUUCAGUCAGGCCGAAGUCAUCCAAUUCCUCAAAGGCCACAUCAUUCACAGGUUUGGGCUACCAGAGACCGUUACGUGCUAUAACGGAAGCAUUUUUGUUGGGGAUGAGGUGGUGCCGUUUACAGCGGAGUUAGGGAUAAUGUUCACCCAUUCCACCCCAUAUUACGCACAAGGCAACGGUCAGGCCGAGGCAAGUAAUAAGAUUCUCAAGGGGUGUUUAGCCAAGGUUGUGGAUGAUAACCCACGAAGAUGGGCAGAUUUACUUUAUGAGGUUUUGUGGGCAUUCAGGACGUCACAGCGGACUAGUACGACCACUAUGCCUUUUGCGUUGACAUACGAUCAUGACAUAGUGCUACCUAUUGAGGUUAGCGUAAGGUCAGUGAGGGUAGCAUUCCAACAGGGACUCACGCCAACGGCCUACAACUAG